CACCUUUAAACUUAUGUAUCGAUCGCUUUCCUUCGCCGCGGUCCACACAGUUCGUCCGUUAUACCGACGGCAACUGGGUACCACCAUUGCACGCUCUCUCUCCACCCAAACCGCACAAAAUAUCAAAACAAACACUAAGCCACGACGCCUCUUCAAAACCAUCUCUGCCAGUGUCGCCCUUACCUCAGUGUCUUUGGGUUACUUAUUAUACCAACCUGGUUUUACAGGUUCUCAUGUCGCAGCGGAAGCUGCUAAUAUUUCUGAUUUCGGUGCCUCUUCCCCUUCCACUGUUGUUGCUGACCUGAAGAAUGAGGAAAGCCGCAUCGCCAUUAGCGGACGACCCACCCAGGAACUCUUGUUAGCCCUUGGCGUCUAUAAAUUGUGUACUUUCCAAUGGCUUGUCGAAGCUGCUCCCCACAUUAUCCAUUUUGCCGAAUCCGUGCAUCUGCUUCAGCCUGUCCUUUGGUUUGUGAAGCAUACCUUUUUCGAACAGUUUUGUGGUGGUGAAAACCCUGAAGAAUGCGUGGAAACCAUGGAUAAGCUCUCGAAAUCUGGUAUCCACUGUAUCCUGGAUCUCAGCGUGGAAGCUGAUCUCCAUCUCGAUGACUCGCAUGUUACUCUGGACGACGGCCUUCAUCAGCACAAAUACUGGCGCGAGGAACAACGGGCUAAUGUCCUCUUGGGUAUGACCAAGAAUUGCAUUCGUACCGCUGCUCAAAGUGGAGCCAAGCUAUCUGCUGCCAAGCCUUUUGCCGCCGUCAAGGUGACCGCUUUUGCCCCACCAGAGUUGCUGUUGCGCCUGAACAACGCUGUUGUUUCCCUCGAGAAGCUGUUUUACGAUAAUCAAGAAAACGGACUCAUUUCUGUCUCUACCUUGGAGAGAGCCCUGCAGCAGUCGUUGCCUCCAGCCCAAUCUCAAGAUCAAGAAGCUCAGAGAUCCGCCGUUUUGGGACAAUUGAAAGAAAAGACACAACACUUGGAUUACCUCACUUUCAGAAAAUUGUUCAGCUUGGAAGGUCCCAACCGUGACAUUUGGUGGAAGACUCAGGAUCAAAAAACAGAGGAUGAUGUGUUGUUGACGAAUUCGGAGAUGGAAGCCUACGACCGAAUGAUGGACAGAGUGGAUCAAGUGUGUGGUUUGGCUCAUGAUUUGAAUGUUGGUAUUAUGAUUGAUGCCGAACAAUCCUAUUUCCAAGAAGCCAUUGAUCAUGUCGCUAUCCAUUUCGAACGCAAAUACAACAAAUUUGAUGCUCAAGGAAACCACUCAGUGACCGUUUUCAAUACCUAUCAAAUGUACACUAAAGCCUCCUCCAAGAAACUGCAAAUGGACGUUGAAUACUCCAAGCGCGAAAACUUUGCUUUUGCUGCCAAGCUGGUUCGUGGCGCUUACAUGGUUUCUGAACGCAAACGUGCUAUAGAGUUCAACUAUCCCUCACCUAUUCACGAUUCUCAUGAAGAUACCAAUACAUGCUUCAAUAAUGGUGUGCGAUACUUGCUUGGUGAACUGCAUGACUUCCAAGAGAAAUCCGGCAAGCCUUUGUCCGCAUCUACCGCUCCCAUUGUCUUCAUGGUAGCCAGCCAUAACCGUGAAUCCGUUAUUAUGACAGUCGAGGAAAUGGAACGCCGUAACAUCUUACCUACCGCGGGUGUUGUGCACUUUGGUCAAUUGUACGGUAUGCAAGAUCAGUUAUCCUACACUUUGGGCAAGAACCACUAUUCCAUCUACAAAUAUCUUCCUUACGGCACCGUUGAAGAAGUGAUACCCUAUUUGUUGCGUCGUGCCCAGGAGAACUCGUCUGUGUUAGGAAGUGUUGGCAAGGAAAGAAGUUUGAUGUGGGAGGAAGUGAAGGAUCGUCUUGCUGGCUCUCUCCGUUCUCCAGCAAAAGGAAGCAUCUCUGCCUCCGGAACCACCGCUAAAUCAGCGUAAAUUGCCGCCAACCCAUACAGGAUCAUCACAUUCGGAUGCUUCCUAUUGUUCCCCUAUUUCUCUCUAUUUUUGGUAUAGACACUACAUUAAUUAUAUUCAACUUUGUG